UAUUUCCCCAAAACAACCCCUAAACACCCCCCUCCCUCUCUCUCUAUCUCUCUCUCUCUCUCUCUCUCUCAAUGAAGCCAUUUGAUUUUUCAUUCAUGGCAUUCCUCAGAACUCAGUCGCUCUGUCUCUUCUUUCCGAUCAUCCUUUUCCUCUCUGUCCCUCUCUGCCACUCCUCCACCAUCCACGACCUCCUCAAGAGCCACGGCUUGCCGGCGGGGCUGCUCCCGAAGGCCGUGAAAUCGUUCACCUUCGCCGACUCCGGCCUCCUCGAGGUCUACCUGGACGGCCCUUGCCUUACCAAGUUCGACACCAUGGCCUUCUACGAGAGCGUCAUCCGAGCCAAUCUCACCUACCGCACCCUCUCCGGCGUCGAAGGUUUCUCCCAGGAAGAGCUUUUCCUCUGGCUCCCCGUCAAGGACAUUGUCGUCGACGAUCCCAGGUCCGGCCUCAUCCUCUUCGACAUUGGCCUCGCCCACAAGCAGCUCUCCCUCUCCCUCUUCGAGGAUCCCCCCGAUUGCAAGCGCGACGGAGGUGUAUUGGAGAAGAUUGGUGCCAUGGGGAUGAGAUUUGAAGUCCAGAGAUAGAAAAAGAUGCCGAUCCUUGUAUAUGUUUGCUGGUUUUUUUGUUUUGAAUAUAUCCGAAUACAGUAAAUUAGGCUUUGAUAGAUAGGGCUGUGCCUGUGAAGACGAUGGAAUCUCAUCUCAUCUCAUCUCAUCUCAUCUACCUAAAAGUGCUAAUUAUUCUAACUUACCAUCUCCU